CAGGAUCGUGGGGGCCUACUGUACAUCAGACUCCAGACGAGAAAGAAGACUAGCGACAAACCACUGUGUGCACUUCAUUCUUGGUUAAAAAAAUCUCGCCCAACUCGAAACCAAGACUACUCACAUAUUUAAAUUCGCCUAGGUUAUCUCAUUAACUGCACAAAAUAAUCGGAACAUAAAUUCCAAUGAAUUUCCAACUAGCAUUAGCUGGCUUUCCAGAAAGCUUGCGACAGUUCUCAAAUCAUAAAUUAUUUGUCUAGAUAAGGUUUUCUUAAUAAAUUAUCUGGCUUUGUUAUUAUUUCUGUUGGUGGGUGUGUGGUGUUUGCUGGCUGGUUAGCUUGCUAACUAGCUAGCUGGCUGGCUACCUGCAUACAUUUAUUCGUAUUAAAACAUUCUUAUAAACUGCCUGCUUGGUAGCAGCACUAUACCCAACGCCGACCGUCCAUUCAACCACGAAUCCAAAAUGUCGGAUUUUGACGAAUUCGAGAGGCAGUUGACCGAGAACAAGCAAGGUAACAUAGAGCGGGACAAGGAGAACCGCCACCAUCGCCGCCGCACCCCGUCCCGCAGUCGCAGCCGUGAGAGGAAGAGGAGGAGCAGAGAGAGGAGGAGCCGAGAUCGACGCAGCGACAGUAAGGACCACAGACAGAGACGCAGUAGUCACUCCCCACACCGUGAGAAGAAGAAGAAGGUGAGGAAGUACUGGGAUGUACCGCCCCCUGGCUUUGAGCACAUCACGCCCAUGCAGUACAAGGCCAUGCAGGCCGCUGGGCAGAUACCGGCUACCGCGCUACUGCCAACAAUGACCCCCGAUGGUUUGGCGGCCACGCCCACUCCAGUGCCUGUGGUGGGCAGCCAGAUGACCCGGCAGGCUCGAAGGCUCUACGUUGGCAACAUCCCCUUUGGCAUCACUGAGGAAUCCAUGAUGGACUUCUUCAAUGCGCAGAUGCGCCUGGGAGGUCUCACGCAGGCCCCUGGAAACCCCGUCCUUGCAGUGCAGAUCAACCAGGACAAAAACUUUGCCUUUCUUGAGUUUCGCUCGGUCGAUGAGACCACCCAGGCGAUGGCCUUCGAUGGGAUCAUCUUCCAGGGACAGAGCCUGAAGAUCCGCCGUCCGCACGACUACCAGCCCCUGCCCGGCAUGAGCGAGAACCCCAGCGUCUAUGUACCAGCUCUCGAGAAAGGUGUGGUGUCCACAGUGGUGCCAGACUCGGCUCACAAGCUCUUCAUCGGUGGCCUACCUAAUUAUCUUAACGAUGACCAGGUAAAAGAGCUGCUCACAUCCUUUGGUCCUCUGAAAGCAUUUAACCUUGUGAAAGACAGCGCCACAGGGCUCUCGAAAGGCUACGCCUUCUGUGAAUAUGUCGACGUCAAUUUGAACGAUCAGGCCAUUGCCGGGCUCAACGGAAUGCAGCUGGGUGACAAGAAGCUCCUGGUGCAGAGGGCCAGCGUGGGAGCGAAGAACGCUGCUCUGACCAGUAUAAACCAGACGCCGGUGACGCUGCAGGUGCCGGGGCUGAUGAACAGCUCUGUGGUGCAGAUGGGCGGCCUGCCCACCGAGGUGCUCUGCCUCAUGAACAUGGUGGCACCCGAGGAGCUGCUGGACGACGAGGAGUACGAGGAGAUCGUGGAGGACGUGCGGGAGGAGUGCAGCAAGUACGGACAGGUGAAGAGCAUCGAGAUCCCCCGUCCCGUCGACGGCCUGGAGGUCCCCGGCACCGGCAAGAUCUUUGUGGAGUUCAUGUCGGUGUUUGACUCCCAGAAGGCCAUGCAGGGGCUGACAGGCAGGAAGUUUGCCAACAGGGUCGUGGUCACCAAGUACUGCGACCCCGACGCGUACCACCGCCGGGACUUCUGGUAGAUUCGGAGCGGAGGGAGGAGGGUGGGGUUUGAGCUGACGGGCAGGAACGCAAGAGAAGAGAACUUGUGGAGAUGGUCUCUGGAAAGAGGUGGAGGGGAGAGAGACAGGAGAAAGAGCUUGAAGGGUAGUUUUUUUGUAUUUGUAAAAAUAGAUGUGGAGGAGCGGUGGAGAAGGAAGAUUUCUUAUACUAAGAUGGAGGCCAUUUGAGUUCAGAGAGAGAGAGGGGGAGAUUUCUGUACUUUGUUAAGUUAAGGUGUGGUGUGUGUGGGGGGAGGUGUCAUCUAAAGCCUGGCAAGGAAGGGAGUGUUUUUGUACUUGGAAAGGUAUGAGGAACAGGGAUUCAUGUGUAGAUGUAUGUAGGCCACAAGUUAGGCAUAGACACUGAUAGAACUGUUAACGGAAAAACGAAAAAUGUAAUUGGAAUACAUUAAAUUAUGUAAAGGACCCUGAGUAGGGGAUUGACGGCAAAUCUCACCAGUUAGCUCCAUGAGAGAGGAGUGCAAAUGAUCGGUGGACUGUCAAAAGCAUAAAUGGAAUAUUUGGCCACGUAACUGCCUGGGGGAGUUAUUUUGUAGCUGUUUACAUCUCCCUGUAUUCCGUCUAUCCUUCUUCCAAAGCCUUGCCUUAACAAAUCAUUCUCUCAGUCUUUCCCUCUCCCAAUUGAUUAUACUCAAGUACUCACACUCAUUAAAUAAGGUCCUUGUUCA